UAUAGAAUAAUACACUUUGAAGAAGUAAAACUGCAUAAUAUGAUAGCUAGUCAAUCAGAAGGUCAAGCAGACAUAUUGGAUGGUGCUAUUAGUUCAUCAUUAAUGUUGCUUAGUGUAGCACAUGAAUAUCUCGGCAGACAUUCUUGGUGUACAAAGAACAAUGGAGCUGUUCUGCUUCUCUUCUUGAAAAUUCUUAAAAAAGAGAGAAAGAAACCCAAACUUUCAGCUAAUCUUAAAGAGGAUCUUGAUAUAGCAUUUGAACAAUGUGUUUAUUGUCUCUAUGGUCAUCCUAAUAAAAAAAUCAAAAGUAGAAGAUUACAGGAUCAUAACUCUCCACCGAUUUCUUUGACAUGGAUCAGAGCACAAAAUGUGUUUGAAUAUUUCAAGCCAUCAGCGGUACCAGAAUUUGAUAGUUAUAAAGCUAGCACUGUAUCAGCUGAGUUAGAAGGGUUAUUAAGAAGAGUUUUUGUACUGGUACCAGAAGAUAUAGGAGCAGCUAGUAGAAUAGAUACAGUAUUAAAAUAUAUAGAUGGUGAAAUAAAUACACCUCCUUCAUAUGAAACAGAUAACCCAGUAUUAAAGGAGUUGUAUUAUUUAUUAGCUGAUUAUUAUUUCAAGAACAAAGAAACAUCGAAAGCUACACGGUUUUAUCAAUAUGAUCUAUGUGUAAACCCACUACGUUUAGAUUCAUGGGCUGGUACAGCUUUAGCUAGAAUGAGCCAGUUAGAACAAAAAUUAAAUGCUAUGGAAUUAAAAUUAGAUACACCUGUACAUAAGAAAGCUAUAGCUGCUUUAAGAUGUUUUAAACGAGCUGUAGAAAUUAAUGAUUCUAUUAGAACAUUAUGGAUAGAAUAUGGUUCUUUAGCUUAUCAACUACAUUCUCACGCUUCACGGCAACUUAAAAUGCAAAAAUGGUUUCCAUUGGAGGAUGAAUUACUGGAAAUAGUAAAUGCUAGUAAACGUGAAAUGUUACAGACAUCACAUAAUUGUUAUUGGAAAGCUAGUGAAUGUGAAGCAGAUGGUAAUGAAGAAGAAUGGUUACAUCAUUAUAUGAUGGGCAAGGUUAAAGAAAAAAAAGGAGCACAUCCUAAAGACUACUUAGAACAUUACAGACAGGCUGCUAUAUAUUUACAUGAAGAUGAGGCUGUGUAUCCUAAACGCAUUGUAUUUUCUAACAGCCCACCUCAUCUAGCGAUAGAAGCUUUAGAAGUAUACUAUAGAUUACAUGCUGCCAUAUUAAAGAAUUUACUGCGAUAUGAUGGUGUCCAUGACUACCCACUAUAUGAUCAUUAUGUAACAGAAGCCGCAGCCAGUCCCUUUGCUAAAGGUCGAGAGAAAAGACAAGAACGGAGGGAAUCCACAAAUGAAGAUAGUUGCUCUUCUAAUUCAGCUUACAGCCAAUCAAAACAGAAACUUGUAUAUCACAUGACACCACAGGAUCAUACAUAUUCUAAGAAAAAAAGUACAUCAAGUUCUGACUCUGAUAAUAAUUACUCUUCUGUUAAUGAAAGUUCUACAGACAGUAAAAUGGAGAUCAAUGCAUCUAGAAAACUGUGUCUUCAGAAACAAAUAACAGAACCAUUUGUACCUACUAUUGAUAAAUCCUCAGUGGCAAGUGUAGAAACAGAUGAUAAAACGGAAGUCAAAGGUAAUGUUGAGAUUAUUGAUACCACUACCAGUGAGACCAAAGAAGAAAGCAAGGUGUAUAAAGACAGUACUACUGAUAGUGUUGUUGGGAUGGAGAUUGAUAUCGAUGUUAAAUCUAGUGCUAGUGAAGGUAAAAAUAGUGAAGCUAAAGACAGUGUUACAGAUGAUACAGCUAGUGAUGGUAAAACUAGUGUUAGUGAUAAUAAAAUGAACAUUGAUAUAACUAGUGAUAAUAGCAACACUGGUAAUAAAACUAGUAAUGUUGAAACCAAAACUAGUGCCACUGAUACUAAAACUAGUGCCACUGAUACUAAAACUAGUGACAUUGACAGAAGUGCCAGUAGUAGCGAUGCUAAAGAUAUCACUAGUGAAGUCAAUUUCAGUGCUAGUACACUUGUUGUAAAUAAUAAAAUCGGGGCUAGUGAGGAUAAAUUGAAUGAAAGUGAUCAUGAUAAACAGGAUGAAGAUCAGUCACAGAACACAUUCGUCAUAGAUUUGACAGCUAGUGAUGAUGAACCAAUGCAAGAAAGUAACAAAACAGAUCCAGUGAUUGAAAAUAAACCUGAUGAUAUAUCUACCAAAUCUACUACAGAAAACACAGCUAAAACCGUCCUAGCUGCUCAGUAUGAUGUCACUGAUAAAACAGGCAGCAUAUCUGAUACAGAGGCUCCUAUCGUUAUUGACUCUUCCGAUGUUUCUGAUGUGGACAUAGAUAAAUGUAUUUUAGAAAAGUCAGAAAAAAACAAAAUACAACCAGAAACUAAAAAAGUCCAACCAAAGAAACCUGAAGGAAAACCUCAAUCAGUUUUGUCAGAUGAUCCAGAAACAGUACAUAAACAACUGAUUGAAAAGUGUAUGGCUUCAUUACAUCUGUGCUUGUCUCGUUUUCCUAAUCAUUAUAAAUCAUUAUAUAGAUUAGCUCAUGUUUAUGCUACAUCUAAGUAUAAAAAGAAUCUACACUAUGCAAAGGAUAUCCUCUUAGGUAAUGCUCAUUGGCAGUCUCUAAGUCAUAUGGAAACACCAGGAUUAUUUCAUGAAAGAAAAACAGCCAACUUUUUUCAGGGAAUUUGGAAAAUACCAGUUCAAGAAAUUGAUAGAGCUGGUAGUUUUGCAGCCCAUAUGAAUCGAUCAAUAUAUUUAUUAUUAGAUAUAUUAAAACAACUACAAGAUAAUAGAAUGUUAUAUAAUAUACAUGUACAGUUAUUAAGAGUACCAGAUACUGGGAGGAAGUUUGUACGUGAUGCUGAAAGAACAUAUCUAUGGAAACUAGCAUUUAGAUAUACUGUUGAGGUUAUGAUGCUACGUAGUGAACAAUUACUCAAAGAAACAGUGGAAGAAAAGAGAUUGUCAUUUCUGAUGGAUGUUUAUAAAGUUUGGCAUCAUGGAAUACACAAGCUCAAUAAGUUUGUAGAAAGUACUAACAAAGUUUUUAUUAAGACGUUUAGGCUGGCACUACAAGACAAAGUGGAUAAAAACUCUUCCAAUUCUUCAAUACUUGAACAAGCUACUCGAUUCUGUCAACAUCGACAAUCUCAGUUGUCUGCGAGAUUACCUCAGAUACCACCUCAGAAGCCAACUCAUUUAUCAAAAUCUCAAGACAGCCAAUCAGAUUCCUCUUUAUUUUCACCAACCAAAUCAGAUAGUCAAUCAAUUUUCUUCUCACCACCUUCAAAGAAAUCUUUAUGUCAGGGUGUCUCUAUGUCACCUGUUGCAUAUUCACCAGAUACUCCUUGUGCGUCAGUUCCUGGUACUAAAAUAUCUUCCUCCCCAUCAACACCCAAAUCCUCUAUGGUCAGCAGCAGUGUACUUUCUUCUCCUUCGACCCCCAAAUCCAGCAGAUUGGUCUCUAACAAGCCAUCAUCUACCACUUUAAAUGUAGCCCCGCCUAUUGUAGAAAUUAAGAAAACAGAUAGACUUCCAGUAACUUCAGCAACACCUGAUAUAGUGAUGUCAUCAUCUACUAAACCUCCUUCUGUAAAACAAGUAUCUAAUACCACACCAUCAACGUCUCCUAAAUUAAUACAGACAACUUCUAAAGUAGUUCCGAAGGAAAUCCUAUCAGCUCCCAAAGGAAGUCCUAAAAUAGUACAGACAGCCUCUAAAGCAAUUCCUAAAGAAAUACUGACAUCUCCUAAAGUAUCUUCUCAUAUAACUCCAUACAAACAACCCAGUUCAACAGUACAAGCAACUAUUACUAAUGUACAUGUACCAAAAAAACUUGUACCCCAAAUCACAAAGAUAAAUUCACCAAAACAAAUGUCCCCAACUUUUCCCAAGAAUCCACAAGUAGUGAAAAAAGCAAAUCUGUCAAAUCCUCACGUUAAAUCCACCGCGUCUUGUACCUUGAGUAAAGGUACACCAGCCAUAGCAAAGAAGGUAACUGUUGCCCUUACAUCCCAGUCUAAACCUAAACCACCACAGUCAGCAUCUUCAUCUGAUAAUCAAGUUGUAGAAACAUUGAUUGAAUCCCAUGAAGAAGAUGAAUUAUUAAUAUUAUCUAAUCCUGAUCAAUUAACUUUAGAUAUACAAUCUUUUCUAGCUCAUCAUAAUUUAUAGAAAUUUUAUUUUGGUAAAUUUAUGUAAAUAGUCAGAUGUGAGAUCUGUUUCAUUUGUAUUGAUUUACUAAAAAUAAAUGAAUUUGUAAAUGCA